AUGCAUUGGCUGUGGAAAAUUCCAAGAUAUUGUGCCCUCUGGGGUACUGAAAUGUUCAGCCGUACAUUCCAUAUUAAUAUCAAGAAACGAAUGUCCAUACAAUGGGGCCACCAGGAAGUACCUGCCAAGUCCAACUUCGCUAGUGAUGUGAUAGAUCACUGGGCCAACAUGGAGAAGGCUGGCAAGAGACUUCCACGUCCAGCCCUGUGGUGGGUGAGUGGUAGUGGGCAAGAAGUAAAGUGGAACUUCAGAGAACUGAGUGACAUCAGCCGACAGGCCGCCAAUGUCCUCUCGGGGGCCUGUGGCCUGCAGCGUGGGGACCGUGUGGCAGUGGUACUUCCCCAAGUCCCAGAGUGGUGGCUCGUGACCCUGGGCUGCUUUCGGACUGGCCUUGUUUUCAUGCCUGGAACCAUCCAGAUGAAAUCCACAGACAUACUCUACAGGCUGCAGUCAUCCAAGGCCAGGGCCAUUGUGGCUGGGGAUGAAGUGGCCCAAGAAGUGGACACUGUGGCCCCUGAGUGCCCUUUUCUGAAAAUCAAGUUGCUGGUGUCUGAAAAAAAGAGAGAAGGAUGGCUCAACUUCAAGGCGUUGCUGAAGGAUGCAUCCACCACUCAUCACUGUGUGGAAACUGGAAGCCAUGAAUCAGCUGCCAUCUACUUCACUAGUGGGACCAGUGGCCCUCCCAAGAUGGUAGAACACUCCCAUUCCAGCCUGGGCAUCAAGGCCAAGAUGGAUGCUGGCACCUGGACAGGCCUGGAUGUCUCUGACACGAUAUGGACCAUCUCAGACACAGGUUGGAUAGUGAACAUUUUAACCUCAUUUCUGGAACCUUGGUCAUUGGGAGCAUGCACAUUUAUCCGUCUUUUGCCAAAGUUUGACCCACAGACUGUUCUAAAGGUGCUGUCCAGCUAUCCCAUCAACAGCAUGGUGGGUGCCCCCCUCAUUUACCGGAUGUUGCUACAACAAGAUCUUACCAGUUACAAGUUCCCACACCUGCACAGCUGCUUCAGUGGAGGGGAGAGCCUUCUCCCAGAGACUCUGGAGAACUGGAAAGCCAAGACAGGACUGGACAUCCGAGAGUUCUAUGGCCAGACAGAAACGGGACUCACCUGCAGAGUUUCCAGGAUGAUGACUGUCAAACCAGGCUUCUUGGGAACAGCUGUCCCCCAUUAUGAUGUGCAGAUCAUCGAUGAACAUGGAAAUGUCCUGCCCCCUGGCAGGGAGGGAGACAUAGCCAUCAGAGUGAAGCCCACCCGGCCUGUAGGCAUCUUCUCUGGGUACUUGGAAAAUCCCAAGAAGACAGAGGCCAAUAUUCGAGGAGACUUUUGGCUUCUGGGAGACCGGGGAAUCAAGGACUCAGAAGGGUAUUUCCACUUCUUGGGGCGGACAGACGAUAUCAUUAAUUCCAGCGGGACAUACUUUUGCAGGUACCGGAUUGGACCAUCUGAAGUAGAGAAUGCAUUGAUGGAGCACCCUGCUGUGGUUGAGACAGCUGUGAUCAGCAGCCCAGACUCUACCAGAGGAGAGGUGGUAAAGGCAUUUGUGGUCCUUGCCCCUGAGUUCCUGUCCCAUGACCCAGACCAGCUUGCCAAGUUGCUGCAGCAGCAUGUGAAGUCAGUGACAGCACCAUACAAGUACCCCAGAAAGGUGGAGUUUGUCUUGGACCUGCCCAAAACUAUCACGGGAAAAAUUGAUCGGAAAAAGCUUCGAGCCAAGGAAUGGAAAACAGCAUGA